UUGGGCUGCUUUCACUUCAAAACCAAGGGGUCUGAAGAGAAGCAGUGUUUGGUGAAACAGAAAAAAAAUAUCAUUUUCUCAUAAAGAACAACUCCAUGCCCAAAGUCCUCAAAAAACAUGAGGUGGCACACAGCCAUCACACAGGUUCUCCUGUUUGGUUUUGGGUGGCUUCUCACUGUAGAAGCACAAAAACAGGAGAAGCCAUCUGAAGAAAUCGAAAUCAUUGAACGUCGAGUGGAGCCUGAUGGGAGCACAUCAUCUCAUAAGAUCUUUGACAGUACCUUCACUGCUCCUGCUGCCACUGCCUCUUCCACCACCACCAAGUCGUUUCUUGAGCGCCUGGCUGUGCUUUUUUCAACAAUGGCUACAGAGAUACAGCCUUCUCUUCUCACUGUCCCUCCUGCUUCAACCACCAUGGCAGAGACACUUCCUAUGAAGAAAAUCACUGCAAAACAACCAUUCUUCGAACUCCUUAUAGCAUCUAUUGCUCAGUCUUUCACUUCCACCAUGACAACAACCAUCCCACAGUCAUCUACUAAGAUCCAUCCUGUUGCACUUCCUUCUGUGGUAGUUCACACCAGCAGUGAGCCAUCGGCAAAGCUUUAUCCUGCCAUGGGUACAUCUCCAAUGGUUAGUGCAGAACUUCAUACCACCACUGCUUCUGUUUUGAAGAUUCCUGAUAUGGCUUCAGCCCCUGCGACCACUCUAGAGCUGCUUAUACCCACUGAGGCUGGACCUGAAAUACCAGCUUCACCACAACAUCUCACUGCCUCUGAGGGACAGUCAGCUGAGGAGACUUCUCCUGAACUUACCACCACAGUGACUGAAGCUAUUGUUGCUGAGUUUUCCGUCCCCAUGGCUGCUGCCAAAUGCAAAAUAGACAUUCCCCUCAUCUCUAAAGUUUUUAAGGAGAAGCUUGGUGGUGCUCUAGGACUCAUUGCUCUGGAGCAGUUCAUGGAAAAUAUGGGAAAUCUAGUGGCUGAUUCUGAAAUAGCACAUAAAAAAAAGUUGGAAAUCAUGUUUUCUGAAAUAGAGAGGGCAUUGAAACUUGCCAGUCUGCAGAAAAGAUCAAAGUGCUCAUUAAAGAUCAAGAGUAGGCUUCAAAAACUAUGGUCUCGCUUGUAGAUAAAAAAAGAGUCCACUUGACAUUUGGGAGAUGAAAACUGGAAAUCAAUGUGAUUUUCUUCCCACUCUGUUUCUUUCUUUUCCUUUUUUUGCUUUGUCUGAUUCUGUCUCCUUUUUCAGCUUCAUUGAUAUGUUCUUCGCCUUUUAAUGUAUUAGAAAAUCUGUAAUAAAUAUAUUUCAAAAAGAA